AUCAACACUUGAUUCACACAACACCAAGUAUUCACUGCGAUGCACGACAAGAGGUUGUCGAAGCCAUCACCACUUUCAGGACCCUAACAAUAGGGUUGUCACUUCAUCUCCGCCUCACAACCACUGCCAAGACAAGUCUCAUCAACAGCCGCCAACAUGCCAGAUUUCGAUUUCUUGAAUCAACUUGUUGGCCUCACUGCAGUGGCUACAGUGGCCCUGCUCACGGUGCCUACGCUGGUUCAUUCCUGGAAGACGAGCAGGCACUUCAGAGGAGGGUACAUUCAAUUUGGCGGAGACGAAGGCACCUAUGAAGAUCGCGAUGGAAUCGCCACCGAGGACUCGAUCCGGGCCUACACGGACACCCGACCCAGGGUCACUGCGUGGCUCUGCACGAUUAUCGGUCUGGGGGCAUCCAUUGCUGCUAGGAUCUCGCUCCUGAAAGGCGCCCACGACACCAAUGUCAUCAAUGAGUUGGUCGCUUGGACGGAGCCAGCGUGCUGGGUCUUCUUGUGCUUGCAGUGUGCUGUGCUCCCUUCCAAACAUCAACACAGAGGAAAGUUCCCGUUGACAAUCUUUGGCCUCCUGUCGUCGUUGCUGGUUGGUGUUUCUGUCGCCCUUCGCCAUGGAUACGAAGCCCUCACUUCACUCCACGGCCCGGAAAGAGACACGACGGCAACGGCGCUGGGAGGUCUCUAUCUUCUUCAAUUUGUCUCGGCCAUGACUGCGACGUGUGGUUUUGCAGCAUUUCCCCGCCGUCCGGACGUCUACGACAAUGCCAGGCUCGUUGACCAGCAACAUACCCUUUCCCUAUUGUCCAGGUUCACUUUCACCUGGAACCGGGGUAUCUUCAACAUCACCGAGGAGAGACAGAUGAAAGUCCAAGACAUUCCGAAUCUCGACUUUGCCACCCGAUCGAGAAAUCUCCAGGCCAAGUUCCUCGGGAGGCACGCCAAGGGCCCCCUCUGGAAACAGCUCAUCAAAGCUCAUGCUGGGGAGCUCGCGCUACAGUGGACAUUGACGCUCUUCAUUGCCCUCCUGGCACUGUUUCCACAGGUUGUCCUAUACAACUUCUUGUCCAGGAUCGAGCGGAGCCAGCAGCGCAAAUCCUCAGACCCGACCGUGUUUAUUUGGGUUUUUGGCUUGCUGCUGAGCCAGGUUCUUCAAGUUGGGGUCAACAACUGGCUCAAGUGGAUCACUGCCAGCCGGCUUGAGAUCCCAGUGAACGCACUUCUGCAGUCCCUCGUAUUUUCCAAGGCUCUCAAACAGUACGAGACGGCUCCUCCUGGCCAGGAUGCGGAUAAGAGCAGCAAUCCAGCCAGUCAGGACGGCCCGAAUGACACGGUCAGGGAAACAAGCAGAGAGCAGAAUGGUAGUGCGAAAGGCAAGAAACCCAAGACCCGGCAGUCGGUGAUCAACCACAUGAAGCUCGAUAGUGGCCGAGUAACCAUUUUUUGCUCCUACAAUAAUAAUUUUCCCAUGGCCAUCUUCAAGCUCAUACUUGCAGGCGGCUUUGCCGUCAGUUUGAUGGGCUGGAUGCCCGUGGUGUGCGGCCUGGCCGCCGGGUCUCUGAUGGUCCCCAUAAGUUCGAUGCUGUCGAGAAGGUACACCAAGCUGCAUUUCGGCCUGAUGAAGUUCCGUGAUGGGAAGGCCCAUCUCUUGACAGAGGCGCUGCAAGGCAUGCGUCAGAUCAGAUACUCGGCACUCGAGCAACACUGGGAAACCAAGAUACUGGCAUCUCGUAACGAAGAGCUUAGGCAAUACUGGAAGGUUGCUCUCUGGCAGUGUCUAGUGGUCUUCUGCGUCAAUCUUGGCCCACUGCUGCUCGCGAGCGUUACCUUCUCCAUCUACGUCUGGCAAAACGGCACGCACAUUCGGGCCUCCAUUAUUUUCACGUCGCUCGGUCUCUUCGACCAGCUCGACGAGGCCGUCUCACUCCUGCCCCUUUUGCAAAUGUACUUGCUUGAGGCAUGGACCAGCGCCGUGAGGCUAGAGAAGUACUUUAACCAGUCGGACAAGGAGCCCGUGGCAGAACCGGCCGAUGCCAUCGCCUUUGACAAUGCCACUGUGGCGUGGCCAAGGAUUCAGGACACCGACAAGUCUGAAGGGGAUGGAGAACAAGAACGGCGGGAAUUUCACUCAAUGCUUAGAGACGCGACCCUCGACUUCCCCAUCGGCAAGCUUAGCGUCAUCACUGGAAAGACGGGCUCAGGGAAGAGCCUUUUGCUCGCGGCGCUCCUUGGCGAGGUUAAGAUUCUGGCGGGUUCCGUUCGCAUGCCCCGGCUUCCCGAGUUCGAUGACAACCCCAAGUACAUCCCUAAGCCCGAAUGGAUCAUCCCACAAUUGACUGCGUUUGUCUCGCAGACACCGUGGAUUGAGGGCGGUACUGUGAAGGAGAACAUCUUAUUCGGUCUUCCUUUCGUCGAAGACCGAUACCGCAAGGUCAUCGAAGCCUGCGCUUUGGAGAAAGAUAUUGAGCUUCUGGUCGAUAGCGACGAGACAGAAGUCGGACCUAAGGGCGUUACUCUCUCCGGCGGCCAGCGUUGGCGCGUAGCCCUCGCUCGGGCUCUGUACUCCCGUGCAGGCAUUCUUGUGCUCGACGACGUCCUGAGCGCGGUGGACGCGCAUGUCGGCCGGCUGAUAGUCGACAGAGCACUCACUGGAGAGCUUGCUCGAGGAAGGACUCGCAUCCUGGCCACUCAUCAUGCCGAGCUUGUUAUGCCUUAUGCGAGCUAUCUGGUCUGCCUCCGCAGUGGUGAGGUUGAGUCUGCUGAGCUCUUACCCCAAAUAGGGGCGAAAGCCGUCAUGGUGGAGGAAGCUGAGCAGGAUACAUCAUCCGGACCGCCGGCAAAAUCCGCAGCAGAUACCAGAGACGGCCCUUCUGCUCCGGUUACGUCGAACAAAGCCACAAAAGACGAGGAGCGAAGAGAGUCGGGACAUGUCAAAUGGAGGGUCUACAAGGCCUAUUUCAAGGCCAGCGGUGGCGUGAUCGCUUGGCUCGUUGGAAUAUCGAUCCUUCUCGUCACUCACGCCCUGACCGUUGCCCGAGCCUGGAGCUUGAAGGAGCUGUCGCAGCAGGCGGCAUCUGAGACGGCUCACUUUGCUUCGCAAACAGCGCGAAUCAUCAACUCUCUGGCGUAUACAGAUGGGUUCGUUUCGCACAAAGCUUCAGGCUCCGAGCACGGCGUCUUCUUCUGGUUGACCGCGUACGUUGUUAUCGAAUUUGUCAUGCUCCUGGUUCAGGUGACCCGGGUCUUGACCAUUUUCUUCAUCGGCUUGAGGGCCUCCACGGAGCUGUUCCAGCGCAUGACGCGUGCUAUCCUCAGGGCCCCCUUGCGCUGGAUAGAUACCGUCCCGGCAGGCCGCAUCCUCAAUCGUUUCACGACCGACACUUUCGCGGUCGACAGGCGCCUGUCCAGCCAGACCUUCUCUUUUCUUCGGAACCUCAUCUUUCUGGUUGUCAUCAUAUCCUCAAGCCUGUCUGUGUCGGUCUACGUGAUCUUCUUUGGCGUAUUUCUCUUCGUCCUCUACAUGCGUGUUGCGCGUGAAUACAUCAGGGCUGCCCGCGAGGUCAAGCGGAUCAACUCAGUCUCCCACUCACCCAUCUACGACCAGUUCAGCUCCGUCCUUUCCGGCCUGUCCACCAUCCGUGCGUUUGAUCGUACCAGGUUCUAUAUGAAUCGCAUGUACGGACUCAUCGACAACAGCUCCAAGGCGUCGUGGAUGCUGGAGCUGUCGAGUCGCUGGAUGGCUUUCCGAAUGGGGGUGCUCGGGGCCUUGUUCGUCAGUGUGGUCGCCAACGCCGUGGCCUUCAGCCGCGUCGAUGCUGCCUUGGCCGGCUUCAGCUUGGCUUUUGCCUUGCGGUAUACCAGCGCCCUGACAUCGCUUCUCCAGUCCAUGACGUCGGUGGAGCUGGGAUUCAACGCUUGCGAACGAGUUCUGGAGUAUGCCGAGAUCGAGACCGAGCCUGACGGCGGUAAGGACGCCCCGGCCGCGUGGCCGACAGAAGGGAGGAUUGAGGUGGGCAACCUGACGGUCCGCUAUGCGGCGGAUCUCCCACCGGUUUUGAAGAGUCUCAAUUUCAACGUGGGGGCUGGUGAACGAAUUGGCAUCAUCGGCCGGACGGGUGCAGGAAAGUCAACUUUGGCCGCGGUUUUCUUCCGCUUGCUCGAGCCUGUGGAGGGUUUCGUACGUAUAGACGACGUGGACAUCUCGACGCUGAAGUUGUCUCAGCUGCGGAGUAGGCUUGCGAUUAUUCCGCAGGACCCUUUUCUCUUCUCGGGCACCCUUCGCUCGAACCUUGAUAUCGAGGGCACCAUGGACGACUGCGAAUUGCUGGAGUCACUGAAGCGUGUCCAUCUGAUUGAGACCGUUGAGGACUUUGAGCCUCCGGUUGUCCCCUUUUACACCGACGAUGCUACCGCAAGCACCUCGGCCUCAGCUGUUCUCCCUAUCAUGGACUCGGAGACAGCCACACAGGCAUCGACUGAAGCCGAGCGCGGGCCGCAGCUUGCCCAAGACAGCUCCAACAUCUUCACGAACCUCUCAACGCCCGUCAGCACGGGAGGCGCCAACCUGUCACAGGGCCAGCGCCAGCUUGUCUGCCUUGCCCGGGCCCUCCUCAAGCGGCCCAAGAUUGUUGUGCUGGACGAGGCCACCAGCGCGGUGGAUCGCGGCACCGACAGCAACAUCCAAGAGUCGCUGCGCAAAGAAUUCGCGGCGAACGGGUGCACUGUGCUGGUUAUUGCCCACCGGCUGUCGACAGUUGCUGAUUUCGAUCAGCUGCUCGUGCUGGAGAAGGGCCGUGUCGCCGAGAUGGGGACUCCGAGGGAGCUUCUGCUGGCGGGCCUGACGCGGGCGGCCGCGGAUGCGCAGCGGGUCGCCAGGAAUAACAAUGCGAAUGAGGAUUCUCCCGAGCGCGAUGGCCAUGAGAGCACAUUGCAGAGCGAGACCGGUGCGGAGGUUGAUGGCACGGGGGCUUUUUGGGAAUUGGUGCAGAAGAGCGCCGAAAGGGAUAAGCUCCUGGAGAUGAUUUUGGGCGAGGAAAAGGAUAUGCUGAUGGAAGCCAUCUCUGGUAAAGACGAGAAGAGGAAGGGUACCUCGCAAGUGGCUUGAACUUCAUUGUUGGGCUGGCGUUCCGGCAUAGACAGAACCAGUGUUGCAUUGCUACUUGUAGGUAUAGAUCUGUAGAAUACCAUCCCUGCCGGGGAAAGCCGGUCUAAUUGACAAACACUUAAACUGUUUA